AUGCCGGAGCAUAAUCGUUGCUCCUACUGUAAGGCUGCUCAUAAGAUUUAUUUUUGUGACAAAUUUCGCAAUUUAGAUUUCUCCGCAAAAUCGAAAUUUAUUAAAGAAUCGAAAGCUUGUUGGAAUUGUUUGAGUCCAGGACAUUCCAAAGACCGCUGUAAUAGUUCAUCCGCUUGUCGUGUAUGUAGCCAGCGACACCACACGCUGUUACAUAACACCGCAGUUUCUUCCGCUACCGCAUCUGCUCAUGUCGUCGAGAGCAAAAGUACCGCUCUGUGUACUGCAUCUGUUGACACCGCCUCGUUUCCAACCGCUUCGUCUCUAACCACUUCGUCUCCAAUCGCUUCUUACGAGAACCGCACUGCUACUCAUCGUUCAUCUUGUCUAAGCAAUAGAGCCAGUCCAAUGCUCACAACGCAAAAGCUAGUUCUAUUAUCUUCCGCAUUAGUAAGGAUUCGGGACUGCGCUGGUCAAUGGAAAACCGCUCGUCUAUUGUUCGACACGGGAUCUCACGCUUCGUUUGUAACGGAGACGUGCGUCCAACGCUUGGGCUUAACUCGCACGUCGUCUUCUGUCUUCGUAACAGGAAUUGGUUCUUCGCAAGGUGGUCGCUGUAAAGGCGAGACGCUACUCACGCUUUCGCCACAUUGUUCAGGGCAUUGCUACUCGAUUACUGCGUUGAUUCUUCCGAAAAUCACCAAUGAUUUGCCAACUCAGAGAUUACUCGUUUCAAAGUGGCCACACGUUCAGGGUUUAGUCUUAGACGAUCCGUAUUUCGCCGAGCCAGGCUGCAUAGACAUACUCAUAGGUAUGGACGUAAUGGACCAACUCAUAUGUAUGGAAUUCCGGAAGGGGCCGCCCGGCACACCUAUGAUGCAGAAGACAGUUUUUGGCUGGACUUUGUUCGGAAACAUUGUCAAUCCUGUUACGCUUACUAACAACUUGUUGUCGCUGCAUUGGGAUAUUCAUUUGGAUCGAGCCUUAGCUAGAUUGUGGGAGUUAGAAGAGUUGCCUGAAAAACGUUACCUUACUCACGAAGAAAACUUUUGCGAAGAUCAUUUUAUUUCCACUCAUAAAAGAAUGCCUGAUGGUCGUUUCGUGGUAGAGUUACCACUUAAACCAAACGAGUCACUCGGGGAGUCACGGGACUUUGCAGUCCGUAACCUGUUACGUAUCGAGCGAAGACUCGAAAGUAACAACGAAUUACGUUUACAAUAUAAUGAGUUUAUGAGAGAACUCAUUGAAAUGGGGCAUAUGGAAGCCGUUUCUGAGACGACUAGUAUGGCAUACUAUAUGCCACAUCACCCUGUCAUAAAGGAAUCCAGCGUUACUACUAAGUUGAGGGUAGUCUUUAACGCCUCUGCGAAAACUACUAAUGGAAAUUCGCUUAACGACACAUUGUUCGUGGGACCUCAGCUACAACAAGAUUUAUAUACUAUAUUGAUUCGUUUUAGAACGCACCGUUACGCAGUGACGGCAGACGUCGCAAAAAUGUAUCGACAGGUUUGCGUCUCAUCAAAACACGUCGAUCUACAGCGAAUCGUUUGGCGUCCAGAUCGAUCUUCUCCUAUUACAGAUUAUCGCAUGCUACGGGUGACCUAUGGAGUGGCUGCCGCGUCUCAUCUAGCUGUUAAAUAA